CAGGCGGGCAGGCGGGCGGGCGGGCUGGCGGGCAGGCCCGAGCUCCUCCUCCACCCCCUCCCCCGCCCCGCUCUCCGCCCCCCUCCCCCUUGGCUCCCAGCUGCCGCGGUUCUCCCUCCCUCCUCGCUCCCUUGCCGCUUUGCUCCCUCGCUCCCAGCCCACAGCAGGCAGGCUCCUGGCUGGCCGGCCCUCUCUCAGUCCUCUCGUCCUCCUGUCCCUAGCUCGGGAAGGGGACCUCGCAGCCGGCGCCCCCUGCGUCUGCCUCCAGUCCAGCCAUCCUCUUCCUCCCCUCCUCCCUUGUCCCGGCCAGACCCCAGGGACUGGGGGGCCAAGGUCCCGGGGCCCCGGGCCCCCGAACUCCACCAUGAGGGGGGAUUUCUGGCUCCUGCUUGCGGUACUCAGGGAGGCAGCCGGUGGGCUGAGCCCGGAUCAGGGAGCAGGUCAGGGACCAGGCAGAGGUCCAGAAUGGGAUGCAUGGAAUCCAGAGAGGAUGCUGGGCUGGAGGAGGAGGGUUCGAGAGAGCACCGGCCGGGCACCUGAGCCAAAUAGGAAACGACUGAGCCAAGAUCAGGGUGGGGGCACCCUGGCUAUCGAUACAUUCCCUGAUAAUGAAACAAAGAUCGUGGAAGACAACCACAGCUACUACAUUUCUCGAAUGUAUGGGCCCAGCGAGCCUCGGACGCGAGAGUUGUGGGUAGAUGUGAUGGAAGCCAACAGAAGUCAAGUCACAGUCCAUGGUAUUCUUUCCAAUACCCACCGGCAAGCUUCGAGAGUGGUCCUGUCCUUUGAUUUCCCAUUCUAUGGCCAUCAUCUGCGGCAGAUCACCAUAGCAACCGGAGGUUUCAUCUUCAUGGGGGAUGUCAUCCAUCGGAUGCUCACAGCCACCCAGUAUGUGGCACCUCUGAUGGCCAACUUCAACCCUGGAUACUCUCCAAAUUCCACAGUCACAUACUUUGACAAUGGGACAGUUUUUGUGGUCCAGUGGGAUCAUGUCUACCUCCAGGGCCAUGAGAAUACAGGGAGCUUCACCUUCCAGGCAGCUCUGCACAUCGACGGCAGGAUUGUCUUUGGCUACAAGGAGAUCCCAAUGUCUGUCUUGGACAUCAAUUCCACCCAGCACCCUGUGAAAGCCGGCCUCUCUGAUGCCUUCAUGAUUCUCAGUCCAGCCUCUGACAUGUCAGAAUCUCGUCGCAGGACAAUUUAUGAAUAUCACCGAGUUGAAUUGGAUACCAGCAAGGUCACCAGCACAUCAGCUGUAGAGUUUACCCCACUGCCAACCUGUUUGCAACACCAGAGCUGUGAAGUCUGCGUCUCCUCAGACUUGACCUUCAACUGCAGCUGGUGUCACGUCCUCCAGAGGUGUUCCAGUGGCUUUGACCGCUAUCGGGAGGAGUGGUUGGCGUACGGCUGCGCCCAAGAGGCAGAGGGCAGGACAUGUGAGGAUUUCCAGGAAGAAGAACAUUAUGCUUCAUCCCCUGAGACCUUCUUCACCCCUUUUGAUGGAGAAUUCACCACUUCUGCCUCUUCCCUCUUCAUUGACCACCUCACCACAGAAGAUGACACAAAGUUGAAUCCAUAUGAGGGAAGAGAUGAUCUACAAGAUAAUCUUUCUCCUAAAAAAAAGGGUCCUCCAGUUCAUGCAGGGACCAUUGUGGGUAUUGUACUGGCUGUCCUACUAGUUGCAGUCAUCAUCCUGGCUGGGAUCUACAUCAAUACUCAUCCCACUUCAAAUGCUGCCUUAUUCUUCAUUGAGCGGAGACCUCAUCAUUGGCCAGCCAUGAAAUUUCGCAACCGAACCAGCCAUGGGACGUACACAGAAGUUGAGCCCUCAGGGCAAGAAAAAGAGGGAUUCAUGGAGGCUGAGCAGUGUUGAAAGCAGUGUUUCCUCCACUUCUUCUUUCAUCUUCCUACCAAAAACUCAGUUCCCAGACUCCAAAUCAUUGGUCUUGAUUAUGGAGUCUUUUCCAUUUGUUAAGCUCCAUUCUCUUGAGGAUGGGAAGAAAGACCAAUGGAACCUCAAAGUCAAGGUCAAUAUUGUUGCUCCUUAUUGAACUUCUCAAAAUAUCUGGGGCAUGAAGGCAGGGCCAGGAAGGAUUUAGCAGAUCCACUGCAUAACAGUCAAACCAUGGAGGCACUCCAGUCCAUCUUAUGGGAGAAUAAUAAUGGCCUGCCCUCGUUUUCCCUUGGUAUCAAUGAUGUAUAGCAGUUCCCCCAUCUGAGUUUUGAACUAUGUCAGUCUGCAUCCAGUCCUCCAGCUUCUUCCUGCAUAGGAAUGGAAAAGGGUUGGGGAUUCUGCAAAACCUCGCCUGGCCCAUGCAUUUGCCACAAUAUUACUAGGACUAACAGGUGCGGGGUCUCUACAGUCCAUAGACUUGAGAGCCGGUCCUCACAGCUAUGGAUCCAGCACCUAAUGAGCUUCUUUGGAUCAGCCUGCCAGAAAUCAGCACGUUCUCCUGCUAAAUCCAACCAUUGCUGCACUUCAAUGCUCUUACCAGACCACUGGAAAUAGAGUACAAUGUCAAACGAGGGCAAAAUGAUGAGGGAGGACAAGACUUCUCUUAGAAUUCCCAUCCGGCCUGCCUGAUUGCUCCUUUCCAGAAAAUUAAUUUGGAAAAGUUGGAAAGAGAAACAUCUCACACCAUGACCUGUUUGUUUUUAUAAUGCAACCUUUCCCACCUGCACACUCUCUCUCCUGAAAAAUCUACUUUUUGAGAGUGUGAUGUGGCAGAUGGAGAACAAUUAAGUUUAAUGCCAUCUCAAUUGCUUCCUAGUUUUGUGAACCUGAGGGAAAUCAUUUCAACUUUUUGGGCCUCAAAUGAAGCCCAAAUUAUAAAAUGAGGACUGGAUUUAAUGACCUCUGUGUUCCCUCUAUGGCUUUGAUUCUCUGAUCUUAUCCAACUCAGUAAGCAUUUUAUUAACUUCUCAUUGGAGUAGGGGAAUGGAGAUAUAAAAGCCAAGUAAAAACCAGGUAAGCUCUGAGGGAACUUACCUUUUACUUGAGCGGAAUACAACAAAUAAGUAUUUACAGUUAUCUCUUCUACAUCACCCAUCAAGGUUUCCAUAUAUCUUUGGUCAGCAUUAGAAAUUAAAUGGGAUUUGGGGGGGAGUUUUGUGGAAGCUGCAGACAACAUGGGAAGGGCAGCAGAUGACACAGAAAAAGUUCAGGAACUCACAAAUGCAUAAAAUAUAUGUAUAGUAUUGUAUAAUAUCAACAUAUUUUACCCUUUAAUACCAUCAUGUCAUAUUUCUUUUCUGGUAUGGAGGACCAAAAAAAUGUUAUGCAGAUUUUUCAGACUAACCCUAUGAUGUGGAAGGGAUAACUGUACAUGACAAUUUGAGAAGGAAGAAGGCAGUAAUGAAGAGGAUCAUUAAGAGAGGUUUUCUGCAGAAGAUGGAGCAUGAGCUUAAGUUUGAAGUUAGGGAUGCUAAGAGAUGGAACCCAAGAUCAUAUUUUCCUGCUUGGGGCUAUUUAUGCUGAUGCAAAUCUUAUUCACUGACUUGCUUGGUUGCUGUUGCCAGGGAUUCUGUCCAAAAGCAGAGUCUAACUGAUAUUUUCUUUCUCCUUGGUGGGAUUCAUGGAGCCAUUAAAGAUAGAUAUGGUAGCUAGAUGUCCAGCCCCACCCCUACCUCCCUCCUAUUGCUUGCUUAUUGAAAUAAACUCACCAGGGAAUCUCUGCUGAAUUCUUUUCAGAUACUAAGAUGCUGACAUGGCUAGGGCCAAGGAAGCAGGAUAAGCUAUGUUGAGAUAAUAGGGCACCAUAGCUUGGUCUUUAUCUCAGCAGGGACAAUUACAGGCUAAAUUGCUGCUUCACUUAGGAAGACUUUUCCCUCCUUUUCUAUGAAUGUCUCAUUAAUGCUUUUUACUUCCAGUAAUUGCCUAUUCUCCCAAACCCGACCCUAGUAUCCCCUUUGUAAGGAAGUCCUUUAAGCAAAAUGAACCAACACAUUGGUCAUGACUGGCAACUUACGUAUACCUCAUUCUACAUCUACAUUCCUCCACCUCUCUGCUAAGAGAAAAGGAUAAUGUCUCACCAUCAAUCCUUUGCAGUCAUGAUUUGUCAUUCUUUUGAUUAGAUAUAAUUUUAUUUUUUACACCUUAUUGCGGUUGCUAUUCUUGUUUCUGCUUAAUUUAAUGUGCAUCAUUUCAUAUGAGUCUUUCCAAGUUUUUUUAAGGAACUUUUCUAAAAUUAACUUGACCUAAAAAAUUGAUAUAACUUUCCUGAGAUUAGUGAAUUCUAAAAGAAGAUUGUUAGGGCAGUAAUUCAGGCCCCAAUUCAAUCUGAAAGAUAGUCUUAAUUGAGGUGGUAAUUCUCUCCUUGGAAUAUCCAAAAUUAUUCACCAUUCACCCAUAUUCAAAGACAAGAAAAAGUUGUCUAAUUAAUAUCAAAGUCUUCAAUGUCCUUAUGCUUUGUUUUCUCAUGGUAUCACAAAGGAAACAGUAAGAGCACCCUCAUUCAGCUAUGGAUAUGUGAUCUUAACAAUAUGGCCACUUCCUCUAACGAUAAAGAUCCAUUCUCAUUUAUAUUCUUCCUAUAAGUUUAUCACUGGUAAUAUACCCAAUGCAUCCAGUCUUCCUUAUUUUCUGAUGAAGUUGUGAGAACAUCAUGGGAUUCUGCAGCCUAUCCUCAGGAUAUGUCUCCCCCUUAACACAUGACUAUCUUUUUCAAUUAUAUAUUUUUGCAGGGACAUUAUUUUUACAAUUUCUUCUUAUACCUGAUUUGUGAUAUACUACAACUAACUUCCUUCCACCAUAACCCUCUCUGUUGCCUCUUGAGUAAUCUUCAGAUCCAGUUCUGAGACUGUGGUGUUCCUUGAUCAGCAGCCAUAGAAUAUUAUUGGAAGAAAAUAGGUGUUUAAAUAAGAUAGAUAGCUUUUGUCAGGGUCAGCCUUAGAGUCAUUAAAAGAAUUUUGCAAUUUAACAAAAAAGAGAGAGAGAGAGAGAGAGAAUUUUGCAAUUUUCAGAAGGCAACCUUGGGCCAGUCUUCCACUUUUCAUUUCUGAUCCUAGUUCAUUAUCCAUUUGCAGAAUCUUCUAAGAUGUAUGAGAGAUGGGGACAAACCCAAAUAACUAUCCAAAACAAAAACCUUAUUGAUAUUUUUUUCCCAGUAGCUACAUGAUUUAUUCUCAGUAAGGAAGCAAUUAACAAUUAAAAGAGGAAAUGUGGCAGACUUUUGGUACUAGUGCUUAAUAAACAGACCAGUAAAAAGGGCAGAACUAGCUUACCAAAAAAAAAAAAAAAAAAAAAAAAAAAAAAAAAAAAGUCAAGGAAAAAAGGCAACAAAGAAAGUUGGAUGAUUUUCAAGCUUCUAAAGACAAAAAAAGUAAUGUCAUUAUUCAUGAAAGGAACCACUGAAGCAUUUCAAGUGAUCUAGGAGGAGGGCAGGGUUCCCCUAACUAUUGUGAUUUCCCCCCCUAAUGUCAUACUACCAUACUAGCAUCUGUGGCUACCCUGGAAGGUAUGGAGAUUUGACAUGGGGACAGAAAAGUGACUUGUGAUUUCUGCUGGAAUCCCUGUAUGAUCCAUUUGGUCCAUACAUCCUGCAGUAAACCUUUCCCCAAUGUGAGUCCUUCCAUUCUGGAUUCUGUAAAGGUUAGAGCCUCAAGCUUUGGAUUAAUGAGGGAGAGGCACUCGGCCAAAUAUACGGCUCCACAGUGGAAUCAGGUGUUUGACACCAUCUACUACAGGUUAAAUAAAGCAUCUGCCUUGCAUAUGGUCAGAGAAAGCUGAGGUGUCGGGCAGCACGCCAGCCCCAUCCAUCUGCAUUCAUUAAAGAGAGGACAGAGGACAUAUUCAUUCAUGAAACCCAGCACUAUCGCUGGGUGCCCAGCACAAAGGACUGGGUGAACUGCCCCUUCCCCAGACUCCAUCUUUAACAGGACCAUUUUCCAAACCACCUCUUCUCAGACUUUGGCUUGGAGUGAGGCAGAUGAACCAGGUACCGGGAGUGAUUCAAGGGAAGAAUCCCUGGCAAUGUAGAAAUUUGGGUUUUUAAUCCUUAAUCUCAGAAUUCUGAUCCUUGACAAUCAGAAAUGGCCAAAAAUGCAAGUCACUCUGAGGAAAGCAAUCUGCAGCAGCUGGUUACCUGCACUACAAAGGAAAGGGCUCUCUCUGGCUCCAGUAAGAGGAUCUCUUUCAAAAUCUGCCUUUGAUAUGAUCCGUGUAACCUUAAAUCACUGCUCUUUCCUAGCCCUUGGUCUCUUUAUCUGUAAAAUGGGGGGAGUAGGAAACUCUAAAGUCUCUUCUAAUGGCAUAAUUCUAUGAACUAACAAUACCUUAUUGAAGACAUUGUAAUUCUGCUUUAUUGGAUGGUAACCAAAAGGUUCCCAGCUUUUCUUUGUGGCUUUGUUUUAUGUUUAAGCUUUCUCAGCGUGAUUUUCAUAAGACACAAUCCCCCAAGUGUGUGAAACAAAGGAAAUAAGAUCAUAGAUUUAGAGCUAGAAGGAGUAGCAGAGAUCAUCUAGUCCAAUACUUUCAUUUUAUAGGUAUAACUUAUAAAAGGAGACCCCAAAAAGGCAGGCAGGCAGACAAGCAUUUAGUAAACAUUAGCUAUCAAAGUGCCAAGUAAUGGAGAUACAAAUACAUACUAAAAAAGAAAAACAUAGCUCAAGAAAACACAGAUAGUAAUUAGCAGAGUCUGGAUCCUCUGGUACCAAAUCCAGUGUUCAAUAUGCACCAUACCACAUUGCCCUAAAUAGACAGGAUUUAAGGGAAUAGCUGGAUUUGGUUGAGAAUGGUCAGAGAAGGGCAGGGGCAUUUUUCUCAGAAGUCAAAUGAGCUUAUUUCCAUCUUUAUAAAGAAUAUUGGUUGAGUAAGGGGUCCAAUGGGAGAAUACCCAGCAUUCUCAUGCUGGCCCCAGACUACAGGAUAUUAAGUCAGUCACAGGAAAUAAAGCAUCAAGACUGAGAAUUUUUUCAGUUACACAAUAACCUGCUGCCCAUAAGAUCAAGAAAUCCCAGGGAAAUCUCUAAUAGGAACUCAUCUUGAGAAAAGCCCUCCACAUUCAGAAACCUUUAAGAAAUGAAAGUCAGGACAAAGAUAAAAUCAGAUUAUAAGCAAUAUUAGUCUCCUCUUAAAGGAAAAAAAGGAGUAAUUCAUUCCGGAAGCUUGAUAUCCCACCAUGAAUUGUGAGCUGAGAACUAAAGUUUCGUAAACAAAAGGAAUUUAGAAAGAAGCUUAUUAAUUCAUCCUUUAUAGGGGAGAGUCAAAAUAGGUGGUUUGCUCCCUCUUCCCCCAACAAUCUCUAAAAGUUGCACAUUAUAUAGGAUUCAAAAAAAGAAGCAAAGAAACAGUAUUUGGUUGGCUAAUAUACAGUAAGUUUUCCAAAUAAGGCACUAUGGAUUAAUCAAAUGUCAUAUGAGUUAAUUAAAAUGUACCUCUCAGGAAACUAGAAAUUAACUGGAACUAUCAAACAUCAAUCUUUGGGUCCCUUGGAAUUUUCUAGGAUUGGUACAGUCAUGGUUCAAAGUAUUAAACUAGUCUGAUUUCUAAGCAAUACAUAUCUGGUUUCUUAUCAUCCAAGGUUAGAUUCAAAUGAUAAAUUUAAUAAUAUUUCCUACAAUUCAAUAUUUAAUAAUUUUACCUAUAAAAAUCAGUUUAUCUGCGUGAUACAUCCCAAAAUAUCCUGAACUUCUAAGGUCAAAUCAUGGGCUUAAUUGAAUAAAUGAGUGACUGACUGUAGCAUUUCUACCAUAAUUAAGCACUUCCUCAGCUUUCCAUUAAGGGCAGCUGUGAUUUCAGUUUUGAUAUCUUCAAAGCCUGAUCUAAAGAUUUAUAUUAAGCAUCUUUUUCCAGGGGCAUUUGGAGACACCUUUGUAAAUUGGCUUAUUUUGUUUGUUUUGGAUUUGUUUUUUAAGUCCUGUUUAAAGGGACUCUGUAAUAUACAUGUAUAUACUGUAUAGUUCCAAGCAUUGGACUGGCCAGGGCUGUUAGCUCUUUUUAGAUCCCUGUGUUGCCUGGUUCUUUAAACCAAGACAAUGGAGAAAUCUCUAGCCAUCGGUCUUUGUAAGAACUGGGCCUCCUCCACUUGGCCAUUGAUUGAGUUAUUAUUGGUGGGGAAAAGAACUUGAACUUCCAGAACUGGAAGGAUCUGAGAUUGGAAGAUCCCUUGUCAUGAGAUGUCCUGGUUCACCAUAAAUCCAGUGUUAACACUAAAAGAAAUCAGUGCCCUUGGACAGCCUUCUUUUCCAAAUAAAAAUGUAAAUGAUUAUGGAUGUCA